AUGCUCCAAAAGGCUGUCCGAGGCAAACAAUCAACCUCAAAACUCCCGGAUAUCGCAGUAUGCGUUAAUAAGAUAGUAGGAGAACCAAAAGGCCCCUCUAUUGUGCAGGAGGCAAUGCGACUGCACUUGUCGCCGGAGUUUAUGAAUGGUAUUGGUGCUGACGUUCUUGUAUAUCUUCUUCAGGCCACAAGCAUCAGCAGCAACGUGCUGGAUCACCUGUUCGUCCAAAUCGUCGAACCAGAUUUUUUCUGGUCGGCGUUUAGUCACGCUUUCGCUCGUGGAGAGUUACUCGAAAAAGCUCAACUUGCCUUCGCUGGCCUCCUCCUCCGGCUGUUGAACCUCUCGAACCACGACACAGCGCCCUAUCGUGAACUAGCUGGCAGGCCAAAUGUCCUCCCCGAACUCACCGGCUCUGCCAACUUGGAAGUCCGGCUUAUUGGAGAGAAGAUUAAGCAUAUUCUUUCGACAUAUGGCUCAUCAACCCCUCCCUCGGAUGCCAAUGGCCCAGGCGGACGACAUGACAACGACUUUGUCAAUUUUCGCGACAUCGCUAUCCUUCCCACAGCCGACGAAAUUGGAUCUAAACAACUACCAUUCUUGCGCCGUAGCUCAGAGUUGGAGGAUGAAUCCGGAGAAAGCACUCGCAUCGCGGAUUACCUCGACAAUACAUUUCGCCUUCUUCGUGAAGAUAUGAUAGCGGAGUUGAGGGAAAAGCUUCAGGCGCUGGAUGGAAAGAAUGUCGAGCGCCACCGCGCCAGUUGGAUAGACGGUGUUACACUCAAAGGCGUUUACCAUGGUACUGAUGAUCGCAAGAUGUUGUGGGGAAUAACAUUGGAGUGCGUCCAUGACCUGCCAUCUCUGAGGCGUAUUCCCCCGAAGGACAGGAGAAAGUAUCUCACAGAUGAUUAUACUGGCUCCAAGAUCCUUCGUCAUCAAUCACUCGUUUGCUUGGUGGUUGAUAAGGAAGUGGUCGGCUUUGGCACUGUGAACCGAGUGGAAGAUCUCUUGGCCCGCAACCCCCCUAUUGUCGUUAUUCAACUAGACGGGCGGGCGAGUACAAGCAGAACCAUCCUCCGGCUCCGCACUGCCAAAAACGCGAAGCUCCUACAGAUUAACACCGCUCUCUUUGCUUUCGAGCCGGUGCUCAAGGCAUUGCAGAAGAUGCAACAUAUCCCAGUAUCCGAUGAGUUGUUGUUCUGGAAGAGUGGUGUUACUCUGCAGAGUCCCCCGCAGAUGGCUGAUACCAUUAUCACGGCCAUCGAAGCCAACCAUUCUGAAAACUUGCAAUCCUUACUUGAGACUCCCGACCCCAUACAUUUGGAUCGCUCACAAGCUUUGUCGAUUCUUUCUGGCCUGACACAGAGGGUGUCUUUGAUACAGGGUCCUCCAGGGACCGGAAAGUCGUUUGUGGGCGCCCUCUUAGCCAAAGCUUUACACGACUUCACUGAUCAGACGAUUCUUGUUGUCUGUUAUACCAACCAUGCUCUAGACCAGUUUCUAGACGAUCUUCUCAAAAUCGGUAUUCCUGACGACCACAUGGUUCGACUCGGAGGAAGAGCCAAACCGCAGCUGGCGCAUCUCAACCUCGUCAGUCCUAACCAGAGAACGGCCCAGCCCCGGCGGACUAAGGCGGAUUGGACCAUGAUCGACGAAUUCAGGACCAGAUCUGAUGAUCUCAGCCGCCGCCUUGACAACUCUGUUGCGAAGUUCCUGACAAAUAGGAUUUGUCAUGAGGAUAUCUUAACGCAUAUCGAGUUCGAGGAUGAAGCUUAUUUUGAAGCUUUUCGCGUCCCCAAGUCAGAUGACGGCAUGGUUGUUGUAGGCUGGAGACGUCGGGAGAUUGAUUCCACAUAUCUCAUUGAGCUAUGGGACAGAGGCCGCGAUGCAGGUAUCUUCAAAAACGCAGCUCACCUGCAAACAGGAGAAUCGGCUCGCAUUUGGGCUACUUCCUCACCCGUCCGUCAGAACUUGUUGGCGAAAUGGACGCGCGACAUUCAGAAGCAGAUGGUAGAUGACAUUGACGAUGUUGGCGAAGACUACAACAAUUGUCAAAUAGAUCUGACCCGAAAGUGGAACGAGUCAUUGGUCGCAACGCUCAAGGCAAAACGGAUCAUUGCGUGUACAACAACAGGAGCCGCGAAAUUUGCCGAAGACCUUCGAGCUGCCGCUCCCGGCGUUGUUCUUGUGGAGGAGGCUGGAGAGAUUUUAGAGAGCCAUAUUCUGACCGCUCUUGGCAAAAACACAAAUCAACUGAUCCUCGUUGGAGACCACAAGCAGUUGAGACCCAAAGUCAACAGUUAUGCCCUCCAGGUCGAGAGCGGCCAAGGAUACGACUUGAAUAUGUCACUCUUCGAGCGCCUUGUUCUGAAAGGAUUCCCUCACACUACUCUCACCGAGCAACAUCGUAUGCGGCCUGAAAUCUCCGCACUUAUUCGCGAGCUCACAUACCCGGAACUGACCGACGCCGCCAGCACUCGAGGCAGAGGUGAUAUUCGUGGAAUCCAAGAUAAUAUUGUCUUCGUCAACCAUGCUCACCCUGAGGACCAUGAGGGCAGAGUCAGCGAUCGCAGCGAUCUUGGUUCUGCGACUUCAAAACAGAACUCUUACGAAGCCGGCAUGGUUUUGAAGAUUGUCCGGUACCUCGCUCAACAAGGUUAUGGGACAGAUAACAUCGUUGUCCUAACGCCUUACCUUGGGCAGCUAUCCAAACUUCGGGAAGCUCUCAAGACAGACAAUGACCCGGUGUUGAACGACCUCGACUCUUUUGACUUGAUUCGUGCGGGGCUGCUCUCUCCCGACGCUGCAAAGGCAUCCAAAAGGAAGAUAAGACUGGCUACUAUAGACAAUUAUCAGGGAGAGGAAAGUGAUAUCGUGGUCGCUAGCUUGACACGAUCGAAUUCUGAUGGCGUUAUCGGCUUCAUGAAGUCCCCUGAACGUUUGAACGUUCUCCUGUCUCGGGCCCGUGAUGGUUUAAUUCUUAUCGGCAAUAUGGUCACGUUCGAGAACAAGUCCCCCCUUUGGCGUCGUCUAUUUGAUAUUCUUAGGCAGGCGUCACACAUCUAUGAAGGGUUUCCCGUUAAAUGCGAGCGUCAUCCUGCGUGCAAAGCCAUUCUGCGAGAUGCCAAAGAUUUCGAUGAGCGAUGUCCAGAUGGAGGUUGCACGGAGCCUUGUGGUACCAUGCUUAGUUGCAACGUGCACCCUUGUCCUUCAAAGUGCCAUCAGCUUUUCGAUCACUCCAAAGUACUUUGUCAACAAUGGCUAUUUGGAAAUUGUGCGGCGGGCGUCCACAAAGUUGCAUGGGAAUGUCAUCGAGGGCCGCACACAAAAUGCAUUGCAUGCGAGAUUAAUACAGAGCGCGCUGAAAAGCAGUUACUGCGCGAUGCAGAACUCCAGCAGAAACGUGAUGCCGAGCAAGCUGCUCAUGAUACGCGAAUGGCUGAAAAGGAUGCAAGACUUAAAGCCGAGGUCGAAGCUAUUGUAGAUGCUAAUAUUGCGAAGCACAGAGAGGCUAUGCUUAAACAGAAGGAGCGAGAGAUCGAAGAAGCAAAAGUUCGCGCGCAGAAGACCACAGGUUCUUCAAAAGACGGUAGUUCAAAUGCAUCCAAGCCAACAUCCUCUCCCUCCCAACAAUCCUCCCAACAUUCGUCUGCUCCAUCGCAACCUCCCGGUGGCCAAUCAAGCUCUGCCGCUCGCAAUGAUUGGGAGUCGCAGAAGAGGCUCUUGGGCGAGCAGAACGAUGCGAUUGAUAGCAUUAUGGCGAUGACUGGAUUGGAAGGAGUGAAGUCGCAAGUUCUACAAACCAAGGAGAAGUUAGACUUGAUGAAACGCCAGGGAGUUCCUGCGAACAAGGAGCGUCUGAAUCUUGCGCUCUUGGGAAAUCCAGGGACAGGGAAGACGACGGUCGCAAGGCUAUAUGCCCAGUUUCUCGAAUCGAUACAUGUACUUCCAGGAAAUGCAUUCAAGGAAACCACAGGAGCAAGUCUGGCACAUGAUGGCGUAGGAGGUGCAAAGAAGCUCAUCGAAGACGUUAUGAAAGUCGGCGGUGGUGCCAUAUUCAUCGACGAGGCCUAUCAGCUAGUUAGCGCACAGGGUGGGUCCGGUACCGAUGUCCUCGACUUCUUGCUAGCGGAGAUGGAGAACCGCAUUGGAAGCCUGGUUUUCAUCCUUGCCGGGUACAGCCGUCAGAUGGAGAAAUUCUUCAAUCAUAAUCAAGGUCUUCCGAGUCGUGUCCCGCAUAGAUUCACCUUCGAGGACUACACUGACGAAGAACUUCUUGAUAUGCUCGCUGAUCUGGUGGAGAAACAGUUUGGAGGCCAGAUGAAGGUCGAAGAGGGCAUCCGUGGUCUUUAUGGUCGAAUCGCAGUCCGACGCCUAGGCCGUGGCCGCGGCCGCGAAGGGUUUGGAAACGCCCGUGCACUGCAAAAUUUGUUUGCGCAGAUACGUCAGCGACAGGCUGCGAGAGUAGGAAAAGAGCGCAAGAGCGGGUCAUUACCAGACGAUUUCCUGCUCGUGAAGGAAGAUCUUAUUGGUCCCAAUCCAGACUCCGUUCUUCCGAACUGCCCUUCAUGGAUAAAGUUGCAGAACCUCACUGGUCUUGAAUCCGUGAAGAAAUCUGUCAGCAACCUCUUCAACCUUAUUCGGGCGAACUAUCAUCGCGAAUUGGCAGAAAAGCAGCCUCUCGAUAUGGGCCUUAACCGGGUCUUCCUGGGCUCUCCGGGCACUGGCAAGACCACUGUCGCCAAACUUUAUGGUCAAGCACUGGCGGACCUAGGGUUUCUCAGUAACGGUGAAGUUGUGGUGAAAAAUCCUUCAGAUUUCAUAGGGCAACAUCUCGGGCACUCUGAACAGAACACGAAGGCCAUCUUAGAGAGUACUGUCGGAAAGGUUCUAGUCAUCGACGAGGCAUACAUGCUGCACAGUAAAAAUGGUGGUUCCCAGGACCCCUAUAAGGCCGGCGUCAUUGACACCAUGGUUGCGGAGAUACAGAACGUACCAGGGGAUGAUCGUUGUGUCUUGUUAUUAGGAUACAAGGAGCAGAUGGAAGACAUGUUCAAGGCAGGUGCACGACUUCAUAAUCAAGAGGAUGUCAAUCCUGGCUUUGCUCGGCGUUUUGCGAUUGAGGAUGCAUUCAUGUUUGAAGACUUCACUGAGCCUCAGCUACAGGAAAUAUUUGAACGCAAGCUAAAGGAUCAAGACCUCAGUGCAACGGCGAAAGCUGAGCAAGUAGCGCUUGGUCUUUUGAGCCGAAGAAAGAACCGUCCGAACUUCGGGAAUGGAGGAGAAGUGGAAAACAUGCUGACUUUUGCAAAAGAUCGAUAUUUAAAGCGGCAGGCAUCGCAAUCUUCCGAUAUGUCUAUGUCUCUGGACAUCGUCUUCGAACCAGAAGACUUCGACCCUGAUUGGGACCGUGAUCAGCGUGCUGCAGCGAACUUGACUCAGUUGUUCGAAGAUAUGGUUGGGUGCGAAGCUGUUAUACAGAAGCUGGGAGAUUACCAAAACAUGGCGCAAGGGAUGAAGGCAUCGGGACUGGACAUGCGCAAGCAAAUACCCACCAGCUUCAUCUUCAAGGGACCAUCUGGAACCGGAAAGACGACCAUCGCAAGGAAAUUUGGUCAAGUUUAUUAUGAUAUGGGCUUCCUCGCAUCGACUGAACUGGUAGAAUGUUCGGCGUCGGAUCUCGUUGGGGAGUACGUUGGCCAAACAGGUCCCAAGACGAAGAAACUUUUUGAGAAGGCCAUCGGCAAAGUCCUUUUUGUGGAUGAAGCCUAUCGACUUAGCCAAGGUCUUUUUGCGCAGGAAGCCAUUGACGAAGUCGUCGGGCUGAUGACCAACGAGAAGUUCAUGGGUAAGAUGGUCAUCAUCCUUGCAGGAUAUGAGAAGGAGAUGAAUCAGCUUUUGGGCGCGAACCCCGGGCUUUCCAGUCGGUUUUCCGAGGAUUUCAUUCUACCCAAUAUGUCGUCACUCCGAUGCAUCGAGCUGCUUGACAAGGAACUGCGCGGGUCAAAGGUUGUCGUCCAAGGGCUCUCUGAUCCAUCGUCAUCACUGUACGAAGAGAUGCUAAGCAUCAUCGCUGAUAUGGCGAGCCUCGAAAACUGGGGUAAUGCACGCGACGUAAAAUCUAUUGCGAAAAAGCCCCCGGUGUCCCACAGAUGGCUACCUCCUCCGAAUCCCCCUUCUUCCAAAUCAUCUCGUAAACGUAAACGCGGACAGGAAAAACCUUCUAAAUCAUCUUGUAAACGUAAACGAGGACAGGAACAAACCCAACCUCCAUCCACUGGCGGGGGAUCCCCGCCAGACACUACGGCUUCAUCUCAGGCAAAUGACCAGGUGCAACGGGAUCCCGGUGUAGACGAUGCCACUUGGACACGGCUGCAGGCAGAUAAAGCAGCAGCGGAAGCAGCUGAAAAGGAUGUUGCUGAAGAGUUGCGAAAGCGUCAGAUUGCGCAUCAGAAUACCAUGAACGAACUGCAAGCUGCGGAAGCUACUGCACAACAACUCGUGGAAGAAGUAGCGAACUUGCAGAAUGGUACUGCCAAUGAGGAGCUCAUGCGCCAGCGAGAGGCUGCUCGCAUCCGAGUACUAGAGGCUAAAGCCGCUCGAGAGAAAGCCUUAGGUGCGCAGAGGGAGAAGCAUCAAGAGCAAGCGAGGAAGAGGCGCGAAGAAGCUCAAGUACAGCAAAAGUUGCGACAAGUGGGUGUGUGUACUGCAGGGUUUCGCUGGAUCAAGCAGUCGCAAGGUUAUCGGUGCGCUGGUGGUUCCCAUUUCAUUUCGAAAGCCGAUCUGGGUAUCUAGGUUGGACUCGACGUCCCACCCACUGAACAGUCGUACAUAAUCAUCAGUCUCCCAGGAAAACCAUGUACGAGCGCUCCUUGAAUUAUAUUCUAGUUUGUAUGCAUCGAACACCCCACUGUAAAUUGAAGUAUGUACUGUUAAUCUGAC